AUGGAAAUCCCCGCAAAACUCCCCUUCUCCAAGCGGCGGCUGCGACCGCGUGUUGUUAUCUCCUACAUCUUUGACUAUGUGAUCAUUAUUGCCUGCGUUGCCGGCUUCGCGAUUCUCAACACGAUCGAGCCCUUCCACCAACACUUCUCCCUCACCAACAUCUCCAUCCAAUAUCCUUACGCCGUACAUGAACGCAUUCCCAUGCCUUACGCCCUCUGCAUCUCCGGUGCUUUCCCACUCGUUCUCAUCAUCCUCUACACCUUGUUCAUCGAUGGCUUGUUUUCGCACCAUAAGCCACAUGACGCGGCGUCUGGGAAGCGGAAGCUAAGAGGUCCGCAUCGCUGGAAGGACAGACUUUGGGAGCUCAAUUGUGGUAUUUUGGGUCUGUUGCUGGCUCAGGGACUCGCGUUCGUCAUUACACAGGCGCUGAAGAACGCAUGCGGCAAACCGAGACCUGAUCUUAUUGAUCGUUGUCAACCACGCGCUGGUAGCAAAGACCUUUUCCCAGGAUUGUCCAACUCAACGAUUUGUACCGGUGAUCCCGCAUUGUUAACAGACGGAUUUCGGUCUUGGCCAUCUGGCCACAGUAGUUCCUCCUUCGCCGGUCUCGUCUACACAUCGCUCUGGCUAGGUGGGAAGUUGCACGUUAUGGACAAUCGCGGUGAGGCCUGGAAAGCCCUUGUCAUCAUGGCUCCUCUACUGGCUGCAACCCUGGUGGCCGUGUCGCGUAUCAUGGACGCGCGUCACCACCCCUUCGAUGUGAUUACGGGGUCGAUGCUUGGGAUCGUCUGCGGCUUUGUCGCAUAUCGCCAGUAUUUCCCACCGCUCACCGAACCCUGGCGCAAGGGCCGCGCCUACCCAAUCCGAACCUGGGGGACCGAACCUUCAGGACCGGAGACAGUUCGACUCAAGGGCUUCAGGCACGAUAGCUCGACUGCUCUCCGCAACCCCGAAGAAGAGCGCAUGGACCCGCCAGAUAUCCCCAGAUCGGAACAUACCCGACCCGACACCUCUACCUAUAUUCAUGCCUCCAACCCGUAUCCAUCGAAUGUUUACAAUCGCCGACCACACGACCUUGAUCUUGACGGCGGUGCUUGGUCGUCGAGUGAGGACGACCUUAGCAGCGGGUAUGAAAUGCGACAUGGUCAUACAAUGGGGCAGAAUCCCGGUCCCGGCCAUAAUGCGCAUCAAUAUGACCCCAGUAAUGCAUAUGUGUCGCAGACACAGCCGCUGACGGCUAAUGCGGGAAUCCAUGUCCCUGACGCGAUGGCGGGUCCGGGGCGUCCGUUGACGAACAUUCCCAUGUAA